UCUCGAUUUAGCUAACCAAAGCGGACUAAAUGUGCUCAUUUACCGCAGACUCAGAUCUCGAAUCUUUUCAUGUCUUUGCCUAAAGUAACAUGAUUCAUGCUGUGAAGCUCGUAACGCCUUGAGCGGAUAUGUCGAUUCCGAGAUCCGGCGGCUGGUCUAGCUCGACACCUCACGAAGCCAAUGUUCAGCAGGUGAAACAUGCGAAACAUGUGAAGUCUGGCUGUAGUACGUGCAGAGUUAGACGCGUUAAAUGUGACGAAGAGAAACCUAAUUGCCGAAGGUGUCUGAAAUCUGGCCGCGCCUGCGAAGGCUAUGGAAUCUCUUAUGGAGGCAAACUCCGAUCUACGCAAAAGCCUCAGCCUAAAAGCCUACCCAUUAGAAACAUAUCGAUGGAUCUCCACCUGAAUGGCAGCCCAGAGCCAUUUCCCGGAGUGUCUCGAGAAGAGCGGGCACUUUUAGACUACUUUCAAAAGGCUCCGAACCUCAAAAUGGGCGGCAUCUUCAGAUGUGAAUUUUGGGACUCUUUAGUUCUUCAGGCUAGCGAGACGGCACCUGGAGUCAGGUAUGCAGUUAUUGCGCUUGCUUCGGUCCAUCGAUCUCGCUUCACUACUGGAGAUGCUGGAAAUACCUUCAGUCUAAAAUAUGAUGACUCCUUUGCGCUGAAGCAAUACAACAAGGCAAUCAAAGACGUGAUUUCGCAUACGUCAGUUCGGGAUCCCCAAUCAAUUCACAUUGCUGCUAUUUCCUGUAUGUUGUUUAUUUGUUUAGAAAUGUUGCGAGGGGAGCUUCAGAGUAUGAACACUCAUUUCCAGCAUGGAAUCAAUCUGAUCCGCCAUAUUCAAGGCAGAAACCGACGUCAUCAACAGAACCGUGGCAUUUUAAUGAUGCAGGAUCCUCAGCCACUAGAUGAGCAUCUCAUCCAUGUAUUCACCCGACUCCGUGUGCAAUUUCUAAUGCUUGGUUAUGAUCCAUUGGACAGUGGUCCAUUGUUCGCUCCAGAUGUGCGGCACACUCGACCUCUUACCAUCCCAAAGGAUUUCUCAACUGUAAGUGCGGUACGCCAUUCCCUCGAUACUAUACUCAACUCGGUCGUCGACCUGAUCGUCCGCAUUGAAAAAGAGUACUUGACCACCAACAUACAUUCUCCACCGCCACCGAUCCUCGUGGGUCAGCAAAAAAAUCUGCAAGUCACCGUCUCCGAUUGGAUUGCUGCAUUCGAGACAUCUAUUCCGUCUCUUCUUUUACAUGCCUCAUUAUUUGAGAGACUCGGUCUUUGUAUUCUCCGAAUUUAUAGUGAUGUUGUCACUGUGAUGCUGUCGUCUUGUUUCUCCAUGAAAGAAACAGUCUAUGACGCCUUCACCUCAGAAUUUGAGUCUAUCAUUCGGUAUUCAGAGGAGCUCUUUGCCCUUGGUGCCAAUGCAACUCCCGGAACCAAAAUCAGAGGAGAAGGUGGUCAUAAACCCGCCGAUUCCAAAAAGGGAUCCUGUUUUAGCACCGACAUGUUUUGUUACCCACCACUCUACUUCACUGCCCUCAAGUGUCGAGUUCCGCAUCUUCGACGACAAGCUGUAACAUUGUUGCAACGGUGCCCACAGAUUAAAGGGCUGUGGACAGGAUCAUUGUUGGCACGCGCUGCAACACGAAUAAUCGAUAUAGAGGAAAGAGGAUUCUCAGCCGCGUUAUCCACUUCUUCUCUCUGCUGCAAAGAUUCUAGGACUUCACAAAUAACGAGCCCAGCUAGAGUUGUCCAGGAUAAUAUGUUAUCGUACAAAACUAAUGGUGAAGCUUGCUCCUCUGCAUCUUCUCCAACACCAUUCAUCCUUCCUGAGUUCUCCCGAAUUCAUCACGUCCGUUACCUUUUUACAAAGGAGUAUUUUACGUCCGGCUUCGACUCGAAUGAGGGCUCACUUAGAACAUUGAUUUGCUAUCGUUUCCAACACGAGCUGGGCAGGUCCGGUAAAUGGGAUAUUAAGACCUGUUAUAUUUAAAUCGAACAUGUCUAUCGUUAUGUCCUGAAAAGUGUACAUACAAGCUCUAUAUUGAGGUUAAGCAAUGUGAUACUACAGACAGAUCUGUAAACAGUUCCAUGCUGUUUCAUAUUUACUAAUUGUCAUAUGAGGCACCCUAUUUCAACUUCCCACAGACUCAGAAAGAGGAAACAAUAGGUGACUUAUGCUGCUCAAAAAGCAACUGAGCCUGUAAAGUUUCGCCGUAAAAAUACUCGACAUCUAUCCUAGGCUUGACACCACUCUGUAUUCGCCGAACGAGGUCCCGUCAGGCUUGAAGGGUGGCUUGCACCAGAGCAAUUGGCUUUAUAGUUACUAAGAUAUUAUGUUUUAGCCCCUACUUUAGCCCCA